AUGUCCAACAAGCAGCGCCUCGUGCUCUCGGUCAUCGAUUUCCUCAACCAGUCCAUCGACGACGGCACGGUGAAGCAGGAUGACAAGGAGAGCUUGGAGGUAGCCAUCCAGUGCAUCGGCGAAGCCUUUGGCGUCGACCCCGCCGACCAGGCGCAAGUCGACCGCCUCUCCGUCAAGCCCGCGAACCUGCUCUCCAUCUUCGACGUCUUCCUCAAGACCAAAGACAAGCUCGCGGGCCCCUCCGCACCCGGUCCCUCCUCCGCCGGCGCGUCCUCUAGCACCCCAACGCCGCCGACAGGUGCGGCCAAGGCGGAGGCGGAGAAGCUCAAGGCGGCGGGGAACGCGCAAAUGUCCGCGAAGAAGUACGACGACGCCGUGCGCUCGUACACGGACGCGAUCGCGCUCGAUCCCACGAACCCGGUCUACUUCUCGAACCGCGCCGCGGCGCACUCGAGCAAGGGCGACCACGCCGACGCCGUCGCCGACGCGGAGAGCGCCAUCGACGCCGACCCGUCGUUCGUCAAGGCCUACCACCGCCUCGGGUGCGUGCUUUUCGUCUCGGCACGCGCACUACUCCCUCGGGGACUUCAAGGCGGCCGGGCCGCGUUCCAGCGCGGCCUUGACAUCGAGCCGUCCAACUCCUCGCUCAAGGUCGGCCUCGCCAACGCCCAGGCGCGAAUCGUCCCCGACGACGACGAGAUGCCCCCGCUCGAGGCGGCGGCGGGGACGCGCGGUGCGGGCGCAGAUGCGGGCGCAGGCGGGAUGCCGGACAUGGGCGGUAUGGCCGAAAUGCUCAGCAGCAUGGGCAUGGGCGGUGGGGCGGCGGGUGGCGGGGCAGGCGGCAUGCCCGACCUCUCGUCCAUCCUCGGGAACCCGCAGAUGAUGUCGAUGGCCCAGCAGAUGAUGGCCAACGGCGGGCUGGAGCGGAUGAUGCAGAACCCCACGGUCGCGAACAUGAUGAACCGCAUGCAGUCGGGCGGUGGUAUGCCCUCGAUGUCGGAACUCAUGGGCGACCCGGCUAUGCGCGACCUCGCCCGUCAGUUCUCUGGCGGACAGUGA